ACGGAGCCCCCCGCUGCCUCACCCCGGGGCGGUGGGUUUCCCCGAGCGGGCAGAGGUGUGGAGAGGGCAUUUUUCACAGCUGUGGUGCUCUGGGCAGGCAGGAGUUUCUGUCUGAGUGACAGGCCCGGGUGACCGGCCGGGAGAGCCGCAAUCACACCGCUUUCAGGAACCAGCCACGCACAUUCUCCAUUUCAGCCCGGGGAAUUUGCUCCUUCGGGCCUUCCCUUAGUCAGUUCCCCAUCCCUGUCCCCGCGGGUCGCUACCGGUUACCCCUCCCCGGGGGGCCGGGGACUGCCCUGGGCGACGGCCUGGAGCCGGGUCUCGCUUCCCCGGCCCCGGAGGUGAAUUUCGGGUCUCCCGCUCCUCCCGGCCGGAGCGAGGCGGUAGUAACCGAGAUUCGGAACGGAGCCGCCCGCUCGCGUUUCCUCUGCCGGCGGCACGGGCGGCCUCGACACCCGGCACCGCCCCGCUCACCCUUCGCCCUCCCUCCGCUCCGCUCCGCGGGGCCCGGCGCGGCCUGGGCCGCCCCCGGCCUCAGUCGUUUACUUCAGAUGGCUGAGAAAACAACCAGAGACCCACAAAAUGUCCCCGGCUCUUCUCCUGGUGAAAACGAGUUUCCAUUUGGAUAUCCCAGCAACGUCUGUGAGGAUGUGCCUGAUCAGAAGUACCUGUGCAGCAACUGCAAUAACGUUCUGAAGAAGGCCCUGCAGACGCUCUGUGGGCACAGGUACUGCUCCGCCUGCCUCUCCUGGAUCGUACGAACCAAUAAAAAUGCGAUUUGCCAGAAAUGUAAAGAGGAAGAUCCCAGUACUUUAAGCGAGGGAAGCCUAUUGACAGAAGAAAGGGCUUUUGGUGAUGCUGCCAUUAAUAAAGAGAUUUCUGAACUCAAAGUACACUGCGUGACCCUUGGGUGCAGUUGGUCUGGUAUCAUGAAGAAUUUUGAAGAGCAUCAGAGUUUAUGUGAAUAUGCUUUAAUCCCCUGUCACACUGGCUGUGGACACAUGGUGAUGAGAAAGAAACUUGCAGAUCAUUUGGAAAAUGGAUGUGUUAAUAACGUGACGAUGUGUCAGAAGUGUAAGCGGAGCUUAUCCAGCAGCGAAUACCAAGAACAUUCAUGUGAAGGCAAUUUAUGUAAGGAACAAAACCAUGUGCAAACAGAAACACCAUCAAAAGAAAAGCAGAACCACUCCACACCCUUAAUCAACAAGGAUGGAUGUCGUUUUUCUGAAGUGGGCUGUUCGUUUAGGGGAAGCAAAGAGAAGAUCAAGGAGCAUGAAAAAACUGCAGUUGGGGCCCACAUGCUGCUUCUCCUGCAGCACAUAAAGCAGCUGAAGGCCAGCGUGUGCGCUGCUGCCAGAUCUGCAAACAGCUUCAUCCCACAGUCAGAGCUGAGCAUGAAUGGAGCAGGAAAAAGCAUCUCUGAUCUCCAGAUCCCUGGGGGGCUGGAAAUCAACGGGGAUCUGGAAGUAGACUGUUUUCCUAGAUCUUCUGUUUCUGAAGAUGAAUCUAUUCUGCAACAGCUUGUGAGGGAGAAGGUGAUUUCUGAGCUAGAAAAUAAGCUGCACGUGUUUGAGAACAUCGUGGCAGUGCUCAAUAAAGAGGUGGAGACCUCUAAUCUGGAGAUCACGGCCUUUCGGAGACAGAGUGAACUCGAUCAAAAUAUAAUACGAGGCCUUGAACUGAAGAUUGCAGAGCUGCACCGGUGCCUGACGCAGAAGGAUGCAGGCCUGAGCACUCUCCACAAGACCCUGCUGUUCUCUGAGCAAGCUUCCUAUGACGGGGUCUUUCUGUGGAAAAUAACAGAUGUUGGCAGGAAGUUACAAGACUCUGUGACUGGAAGAACAGUCAGUUUGUAUUCACCAGCUUUCUACACCGCCAAGUACGGCUACAAGGUCUGUCUGAGGGUUUAUCUCAAUGGAGAUGGGUCAGGAAAAGGAACCCACGUGUCCCUCUUCUUUGUUGUCAUGAAAGGAGACUACGAUGCUCUGCUCCAGUGGCCUUUCAGACACAAGGUGACAUUUAUGUUGCUUGACCAAAAUAACAGGGAACACAUUAUUGAUGCGUUUCGCCCGGAUUUGACUUCUGCUUCCUUCCAGAGACCAGUGAACGAUAUGAAUAUUGCGAGCGGCUGCCCCAUGUUCCUCCCUCUGUCCAAACUACAGUCACCUAAAUAUGCCUACGUGAAGGAAGACACGCUUUUCCUUAAAUGCAUUAUAGAAACAAAUUAGUGUGUCUUGAAACAAGAAUGUCUGGUAGAUCACCCACUGAGUUUCAUUAGUUUACGAGGAAGAAAACCAUCAGUUUGAGAGCUUGUAUUGGUUUUUAUGUGCACACAAAAUGCAGGGAGCCUGAGCCCGUGCUCCCUGAAUCAAUUCCCAUCAGCUGAGGUCUUCCUGCUGGAGUCAGUUCUGCCGAGCGUGCUCUGCCCCGUGCCCCCCCACUGUGUUAGUGCAAAUGGGGACUGUGAUUAUGUCAUCAAAACACCUGAUAUUCCUGCUUUGGAUGCAGGUUACGGUCGCCCCAAUUUUGGCUGUUCCUCCACCGGGGACAAGGGCAGGUUCCUUCCCCAGAGGCACCGAUCAGGUGUCUCUGUUUGUGCUUAUUGAUGACCUUGAGAGCAGUGAGUUGUGGGGAGCAUUUGUAGCUUGAAUUCCUUAUACCAGAUGUUUUAUUUCCUGCUAUUUAUUUUAGAUCCAUAUUUAUGUGCUCUGUAAAGAGAUGUGCUGUUGCGUCGGCAAUCGGUGACCACGUUACACUGUGCCUUGGGGAAAUCACCUCUUGUAUUUCCAAAGGAGUCACUGGACUUUCCCA